UGUUUCAUUAAUUGAAACCUUAUCAGAGCAGCCAGCCACACGGAGCCGGAGCAGAACAGAGGAGCGACACUGAGCAGCUUUGGAUUAAAGAUCAUUUAGGCGUCAAUAAAAAAACGCUGAACGUUUAUUUGAAAACGAGCAUGUUUUCUUUAGAUGAAGACAUCCUGAAGAUGGGGUUUAACGCGUUCGGAGGAGUAAAAGUCUGAAUCAUCGAAAGGAGAGAGGGGGUGGCUUUUUAAUUCUUAAUUUUCCCAGCAGCUGGAGUCAAACACAUCGGAUUUGAAGGAGGCGCACCAGGAGAUCAGGAGGCAUGUCGUCUGAAAAGCACGGACUCGACGAAUCUGGCCGUCAGACCAUGCAGCCGCCCCCGUACCUCCCCGGCCCUCAGGACCCCAACAUGCAGCAGCAUCCCAACAUGCAGCAGCAUCCCAACGUGCAGCAGCAUCCCAACAUGCAGCAGCAUCCCAACGUGCAGCAGCAUCCCAACAUGCAGCAGCAUCCCAACAUGGCUGCCGUGCCCGGUGCCCAGCCUGGUUAUCCUGCUCCACCUCCUCCUCAGGGCUCUGAGGGAUACCUCCAAGAAACUCAGUUCCACUGUGGCCCAUUUGGGCCCCCUGGGAACACGCAGGGCUACGCGGUCCAGACCCAAGGCCCCGGAGGAACCAUGCCACAUCCCCCUGUUGGGUACAUCCACCCGGGCUACCCGCUGCAGCUGCAGCCCUGCACGGCCUACGUACCCAUCUAUCCCAUGGCAUCUGGUCAGCCCUACAUGCCGGCAGGAGGAGCCCACCCAGGGAUCCCCCCAGGCCAGAUUCACCCCAUGCAGAUGCCCCCCAGCAUCACCCUGAUGGACCGCCGGCCGCCACACGACUACCUGCCCAUCGCCGUGCUCACCACCGUAUGCUGCUUCUGGCCCACAGGCAUCAUUGCAAUCAUCAAGGCAGUGAAGGUGCGCAUGGCCAUCGCUCGGGGGGACAUGGUGACGGCGGAAAUAGCCUCCCGCGAGGCUCGCAACUUCUCCUUCAUCAGCUUGGCCGUGGGCAUCGCCUCCCUUGUGCUGUGCACCAUCCUCACCGUGGUAGUCAUCAUAGCCUCGCAGCAUCACGACGACGACUGGGACCCCUAACCUGCUCUCCCGAUGGGGGAACCACGUUGUCUAAAUAUUAUCUAGCUAACUACUCUCAGUCGUUUUGUGAUGGGGGGAGGGGGGUGGGGGAAAUGCACCGUUUCUGCUUGUCGGCCCUUUCUGUACAGCUACCCACACGGUUUAAAGACCUAUCCUGCUUCUAUCAAACACCCACCAGUGACCAAAAAUAGCAAGCGGUUGUUAAAUAGGUCCAGAGUGAGUUUAAUAUUUGCUUUCAUAUUAAAAGUACAAGCCGCCCGGAUGGAGACAAACCUUCUUGUACUAAACAAUUUAUUUGUCUGCUGGUAAUUGAUGCAGCCUUCGUUGAUGCGGUUAGGUAAAAAAAACAAAAAACCUCACUGUGUGUUUUAAUAUUUUAUUAACUGACCCACCAAACCCAUUUAUUAGCAUCGAUGAAAUGCACAUUUAGUCCCGAAGAGUGCACAAUGCAUCCGAUUUGUUUUUGGAACGUAAACAUGUGCUCUUCUAGAAUUUUUUUAUUUUUUUUUUUUACAGAGGAGUUUUUUGCUGCAUAAGGCACUAAUUUGUGAAGAUGGACUGGUCAGUAUGCAUUUAUACUAACAGAUAUCCAGCCAACAUUUACACAUAGGACCCAUUCGUGUAGGAAAUGGGUUGAAUAAUGGGCCUCAGAUGAGGGGCCCCUUGGGUAUGUAAUGUGUUAGCUGACUAAAUAGCUUUGAUGCAGGUCAGCUGUGGGUAACAAUUGGGACUCAUUCAGGUCUUGGAUGUGUUGAACAAUAUGAAUACACUUUCUUGAUGCCCAUGUGUGUCCCAGCUAAGACCUACGUCUGGGUUUUCCAACACAGGUUGUAUUUAACCCAACCAACGGGAGGCCCAGCCCCAGCCUGAGCAAAAUAUAGGGCUAAUUGUACAGUGCUACCAGAAAGUAUUCACACCCCAUCACUUUUUCUAUUUGUUUUUUUUUUUUU